GGCCCGAGCGCGGCGGGCGCGGCGGCGGCGGCGGGAUGGAGUCGGUGGUCUUCAUCUUUUCGCUGAUCGACUGCUGCGCCCUCAUCUUCCUCUCCGUCUACUUCAUAAUCACGCUAUCAGAUCUGGAAUGUGACUACAUCAAUGCUAGAUCAUGCUGCUCCAAGCUCAAUAAAUGGGUGGUGCCUGAGGUGAUUGGCCAUGCUGUUGUCACUGUGUUAAUGCUCAUUUCAUUGCACUGGUUCAUCUUUCUCCUCAACCUGCCAGUGGCCACGUGGAAUAUAUACAGGUACAUUAUGGUGCCAAGUGGAAACAUGGGAGUGUUUGAUCCCACAGAGAUCCAUAACCGAGGACAGCUGAAAUCACACAUGAAAGAAGCCAUGAUUAAGCUGGGCUUUCAUCUGCUCUGUUUCUUCAUGUACCUUUACAGUAUGAUUCUGGCUUUGAUAAAUGAUUGAGAAGUUGAAAGAACCAUUAGCUGCCAAAUGGGGUCAUCACUCCAGGGACUGGUGGUGGAGCCACAGACACCUCCCGAACACACCUAGAUCAGUGUCGUCAUGCAGUAUAUUUUUCCUCUUUGAACAAGAAAUAUUUUUCUGUAUUUUUAACAUAAAAUAUUUUCAAAAGGCAUUGGAUCUGUGUAGCAGUUGUUUUUGUUCCUUUACAAGCCAAACUUGCGGAGCUGCUGCUUCUGUAAGAUGAAAUCCUUGCUUACAGAAGCGACCUCAUAGGAAUUGAAUGGUGAUAAGGGAAACUCGUAAUGAUGGUUGUUCCAGAGCACAUUCAAGUGCAGCAAUGAUAUCUGAUUCUUGCUGAGAGCUGUCAGGAUGAGACUUUGCCUGCCAAGCUGUCCUAUCAGAGCCUAGUUUGAAGGAGCACUUGGAACAGAUUUCAAAGUGGAACAGGAGCACAGCUUGCAUCUUUGUGUUGGUAUUCUUUCCAGACAAAAAUCAAUGGAAUAAAAGUGAUAUUUUCCUCCCUUUCUCCACUCUGCUGCAGCAAUCUAUAUGAAGUCUUGCAUUUGGAUGGAUUAAGAUCUCUUUGGUGGAUAUGACACUUGUGUAUAAGAGUGCAGAUAAACAUGAUUAAUACUUGCUUUUUCCCUUCAACUCCUAUUUUGUCAUUGAAGUGCAUCAUGGACAUCCAGAUAAAGUUAAGAUCAUAUUGCACUGGGGUGGAGUUGGUUACAGAGCAAAAGACAAUCUGCAGUUGCUACUCCCUGAAGCUGCUGUUUGCACAGCCAGUGGGGUGAAAGAAGUCUGUGUAGCUCAGGGAAAUGGUCUGGUAACCCAUAACCCCACUCACUCACUCACUCCAGUUCUGAUGUGACUCUGCUUCAGUGAUACCAGCAAGUUCUCUUUGCAUCAGUGACAAGUGGAUGAACCUGAGUUUGUACCCUCACUGUCCAAUAACUGUCUUCAAGGUUUUUAUAUGUGCUUGCAAACAGUCUCUUGGAACAAACACAACAAUUAAAACACUUUAAAAAUACACUUCUGUAA